UCUCUUGCACGGCUCCUAAUCGGCCGGUCCUGCAGGGGGAGGGAAAACAGCGGGGCUGCGUCUGUCUGGGGAGAGCCGCCAGCCUCGGCCGGAGCCUUAAAACGUGGAAGUUUUUGUUCGGGGGACUUGCUAGCGCCGGACGGCCGCGGAGCGGGGAGCCCGCCUCUGCCCGGCGGCGUGGACAGCCGCGGCCGCACUGGUGGCAUUCGUCCAUUUGGACUUCUCCGUCUCUGAUGGGCCGCCCAGAACAGUAAGAAUGGCCAAAAGGAAGCCGGGGAGCCGCGCGAGCGAGCCCAGAGCGUGCUGGAGGUGACACCAUGUCCAGGCUGUGCAGGGAUCCGUUGCCAAGCUCGCCCAGGAGGAACUGCCCAGGCCCUGAGAAGCAGCCUAGCCGAGAUCGUCCAGCCCGCCGGCCGCUCUGACCGCCCCCCAGAGAAGCCCCCCAGCGGCGCCCCGGGGGAAGCAUGCCAGUGUGGAGUAACCGCGCGGCUCUGGGGGUCCGCAGCCCGGCGAGCCGGCCCCGGCCCUCGGGGGAAAUGCGCUUCGCCAAGCCAGGCCUUGGACGGGAGCAGCCCCGGACGCCUCACUAACGCCGAGGAUGCCCUAACGGCGCCGGACCCCCGUUUCCUCUCCUCCAGCGCGCUGGCCAAAAUGUUCUAGAGGGCGGCUCCUGCGGCGGACAUCAGAAUGUUUGGGAGUGGCCGCCGAGUGAAAAAGUGGCAGUUUGUGCAAUUGUGCGCCACUUGCUUCUUGCUGAGCCUCAUGGUGUUCUGGGGGCCCCUGGACACCCACGUCGUGAGCCACGUGAAGUCCUACUCGUACAGAUACCUCAUCAACAGCUACGCCUUCGUGAACGACAGCCUGUCUCUGAGGCACCACCCGGACGGCGGCGCCGGCUUCCGCUACCUGAUCAACCAUCGGGAGAAAUGCCGCGACCAGGACGUGCUGCUCCUGCUCUUCGUGAAGACCUCGCCCGAGAACCGCCAGCGGCGGGACGCGAUCCGCCAAACGUGGGGCAACGACCGCUUCGCCCGCGCCCGGCUGAACGCCAACGUCAAGACCCUGUUCGCGCUGGGGAGCCCCGGCGAGCCCCUGCAGUCGGAGAGGGAGAGGCUGCAGCGGGAGCUCCUUGCGGAGGACCGAGAGCAUCACGACUUAAUCCAGCAGGACUUCGCCGACACGUUCUACAACCUCACCCUGAAACUGCUCCUGCAGUUCCGAUGGGUCAACGCGUACUGCGCGCACGCCAAGUUCGUGAUGUCGGCCGACGACGACAUAUUCAUCCACCUGCCCAAUCUCAUCGCCUACCUGCGGAGCGCGGAGCAAGGCGGGGUUCAGGACUUCUGGGUAGGGCGGGUCCACAGAGGGUCCCCGCCCGUGAGGGACAAGAGCAGCAAGUACUACGUCCCCUACGAGAUGUACCAGUGGCCCGCUUACCCGGACUACACGGCGGGGGCCGCCUACGUGAUCUCCGGGGACGUAGCGGCCAAGGUGUACGAGGCCUCGCAGACGCUCAAUUCCAGCCUGUACAUAGAUGACGUGUUCAUGGGUCUGUGUGCCAACAAAAUGAAAAUUGUACCGCAGCAUCAUGUGUUUUUUUCUGGAGAAGGAAAAGCUCCCUAUCACCCGUGCAUUUAUGAAAAAAUGAUAACAUCUCACGGACAUUUGCAAGACCUGCAGGACCUCUGGGAGGCAGCGACGGAUUCUCAAGUCAAAACGAUUUCUAAAGGCUUUUUUGGAGAGAUAUACUGUAGAGUGGUUAAAAUAAUGCUUCUUUGCAAAAUUAAAUAUGUGGACACCUAUCCUUGUAGAGCAGCAUUCUACUAAUAGUACUUGAAUUUUGUCUUAACCUUCACUGAGCCAAAUCUGAAAGAAAACCUUUCAGUGUUUAUCCAGCUCCAAAGUAAAGCCUGUCAGAAUGUUUCUUCGAUUAAAGAACGAAAUCCACUCUACAUCUUCGAUUUUGCAGCCUAAAGCUAUAAACUCCAACUUGAGAAAUUUAAGACUUUUGAAAUGAAAAUAAAAAUGUCCUCACUUAAUAGACCCCAUGUAUAUUUUAAAGUACAGAGAGUUGUUGGUUUAUCUUUUUUUUUUUUUUUAGUGUUAGAAUUGAAUUAACUUUAACUUGGAAAACACCAUUUUAAGAAAUUGAAUUGGCUAACUUGGAAAACACCAUUUUAAGAAAUUGAAUUGGCUAACUUGGAAAACACCAUUUUAAGAAAUUGAAUUGGCUAACUUGGAAAACACCAUUUUAAGAAAUUGAAUUGGCUAACUUGGGGAAAACACCAUUUUAAAGAAAUCUGUUACAUCGGUGUAAUACUGAAAUGCAUUUUAAACUAGUACUUCAAGGGUAAGAAGGAAAAUGAACCUGACCAAUAUUUGUGACAGAGGAGUUGUCAAUAAGGAUCUGGUAAAUCUGGGCAUUCUUUUAAAAAAGAUUUAGAAGGAAGAAAAACAUGUCACUGAAAUUGAUGUUGGCAAAAUAAUUUUUGUUUCACAUCAAUAUAGUAACAGUCUCUAAAUAGUGUUAGGCUAAUUUAUAUUCUACUAUCUUUUCCCUCCCUAAAGCUUUAAGAGAAAGAAGCAUGUUUUAUUUUUGUUUUUUUUUGUUUUUUGGUACUGUUCUAAUCUGUACUCUUCAAAAUUUAAGCAUUUUUGAAUUUGACUAGGAAGAAACAGCAAAAAAAAAGAAAAAAAACGACCUGCUUAUUCACUAAAUAUUUCCUUUUCUAGGGUGAAAUUGCAGUGUAGUCUUAAUUUUAAUAAGGUUUUAUUUAAUUGACACAUUUUUGAUUGAUACCUUAAAUUCUCUUUUCAAAACAAAAUUGAGAAUAGAAACUAUUACUGAUUUAGGAAACAUGUAUUCUUUCACAGAAGAAAAGCCUUGAGCGAUUUUCAAAUAGGUUAUUGUUAAAGGAUUUUAUUGAUAUCUGAGAAAACUAUUAGAAAAAUUUCAAAAGGAAAGGGUAGCUACAUAUGGAGUCUAUUCCAUUUUCCCAAUAUAAUUCACAUUUAAAUGAUUUAGUAUUUCUUAAAAAGAAAAAAAAAAUAAGAAGGUAGUAAAAGAAUCUGUUAGUGCAAAAUUAUCCUAAUCCAUAAAUUCUGUAUUGGCUCUAUACUCUAUUUUAAAUAGGAUACCGAUUUUGAUUUGGUUGAAUGUCACAGACUUCAGCAUUAAAAACCCUUCCUCCUAACAUCAAAACCAUGGCCAUAGAGGACUUCAGUAUUUCAAGCUUGAGAGGAAAAUGGGCUCAUAUUUUGAUGGAAAAAAUUGCCCAAAUUGGGUUCCACAGAAAACAUAAGCCCACAACUAAGAGGAGGAAAGGGUAUGAUAAAUACAUCCUAAUAUAUGCCUAAUAUUGUACUUUAAAUAGGGAUUUAAAAAAUAAACACUAAUAGAUUAACUGCAUAAUCUAUUUCAAAGGUAGUAUAUUCAAGUCAAAAUGGUGAUUCUUCAAAAUGAAAACUAUAGUGUGGACCCAUUCUGAAUCGGUCUUUACAUAUAUAACUGCAAAAAAGGCUUAUUCUCAAUUAUUAAACUAUUUCUCCAAGAAGAUAUGCCUUGAAAUAAGCAAACAUAAACUUCCCUUCUAUACACCUGGCUCAUUAUGUAUUUAUGCAGUUUACUGGCAGAUAAAUCUGUUUGUUUUUUUUUAAUUUCCUAAAGGCUUGUUUACAUUGCUCAGGCAGUAAUUUAGUUUAAUUAACCCAAUUGAAUGAAAUGACAUAUAACAAUUAUAAAUUCCAGGUAGAUCUAAAGUAGAGUAGCACUUUUUGUAUUGUUAGAUUUAAACUUUCCUUGCCAUUUUAAAUACUGCAAAUGAUACAUAACUUGAUUCAUAACUUUUAAUAAAGACGAGUUUAUACUUGGUGAUCACUUUGCACUAGUUGGUGAUUGAGACUGAUAUCCCUUUGACUUUUAGGUAUGUGCUAGAUUCAUCUGUGACUUGUAGCUAUUUAAAUUUGCCAUUGGAUAAAAAUAUCAAUGUCUCCCUGACCAUUGAAAUCCUCUUGUGUUUUUACAGCAGGUCUGUGCUUUGAAUACAGCAAGUCUGUUUAGUUAAACAAUUAUUUAUUUGCUUUAAAAGGACCCUCAUGCUUUAUUGUUCAUGGUUGUUUAUUAUUACUAUUCUUGCUUCAAAAUAGAAAUGAAACUUGUUUGAAUUUAAAGAAAGAAUGAAGGCAUUCCUUUUUAAGAAUGGAGUUGCUAGAAACUUUCUUAGUCAUUAGUAUUUACAAAUAAAAGGAUUCCAACCUUUUAAAAAAGGAAGGAAAUAAAACCUGCUGGUGCUCCAAUGCUGGGCUGUUGUGGUGUGAAUUUUAUCAUUACUGAAAUUUUAAAAAUCAGCCUGAAUGGUCACUUGAGUAGCAGUGAGAUGAUUGCACACAGUGUUAUUGCUGAAAUUUGUUUUUACCUCUGGUUGUUUUUUGUAUCUUUUUCCUUAUUGCUGAUUUUAUACAAAAAUGUAAAAUAUUUAUAGUCCUCAAACUUUGCUCUGAUAUUGCAAAAGAGAACUGAGGCGUGUGGUUUUUUGUUUUGUUUUGUUUUUAUUUUGAAAAAUCUUUUUGGCAUUUCCAAUAAAUAAUUUGAAAA